AUCAAAAUUAUAAGACAACAUCAAUUAUAUUUGCAAUUUGUAUGAAAAUAGUCACAAUAGAGAUAUCUGUAGAAUGGAUGUUUUUAUGUAUAAUAUAGUCUCCAAUUUUUUCUGGUCUAGAUGCUAAUACCCUCUAUUAUGGCAUAUUUCUUUAUAAUUUUUUAAAUCCAAGCAUAUUUUGAAUUUCUAUAUCAGGUGCUCUCAUAGAAUAGAAGAGUACUAAUUGGGAGCAUGGGGACCAUGGGAGAGGGUUGAAGGGGAGGGGAGAUGAAGGGAGAGGAGCAGAGAAAAAAUGUCUAGCUUAAUAAAAUCAAUAAAAAAAAUAAAAAGAAUAGAACAGUACUAAAAUUUAAAGAUGUAGGUUCUGGGGCUGAUAUGGUGACACAUGCCUGUAAUCCUAGCUAGGGCUUUAUAGUAAGACCCUGUCUCCCUUUCUUUCUCCCCUGCCCCCCAAAAGGAAAGUAGUUUCUGCCCUCAAAGCAGAGAUAUCCAGAUUAACCUCUGGUAUAGUUUAUAUAUAUUGAGGGGUUAUAUUUUACUGUAUAAAAUUCUUUCAAAUACAUUUUGUCCAGUGUAUGAUUAUCAGUUACAGUGUACAGCUUGAUUAUGAAACAUACAGUGAUUUUUGAGAUGUUAAAAUAUGUUUGGAAAAGGCAUUUGGGGUUUUUUUGUUUGUUUGUUUGUUUGUUUGUUUUUCAAGACAGGGUUCUUUGUGUAACCAUGGCUGUCCUAGAACUCGCCUUGUAGACCAGGCUGGCCACAAACUCAGAGAGAUCCGCCUCCCUCUGCCUCCCUUACUGGGAUUAAAGGCGUGCGCCGCCACACCCAGCUACUGAUUGAUUUUUUUAAAGACAUCUGAAUUGUCUCCCAUAUCUUCUGUCUGCUUUAUUAGUUACAGUAUUAUACUACCUUCCUGAAAAUCUUCCUCAAUUUUCUUCCCAUAUUUUACACAUUUCUGAAAGAGUAAUUGUCUUUAAGUACAUUUUUUCCACCUAUCAUUCCUCUACCUAAACACCUCGCGUUCCUGUGACUGUAUCAAACCCCUGAUAUUCCUCUCCUCAGUGCCUUCUACCAACUCAUCAUUUUUAUCAGUUUAUCAGCCUCACUAUAGGAAUUUUCCCCUACUAAAGUGUAUGCCUUACCAUCUAAUCAGUUCAACUUAGUUGUUCACAGUUCUGUAUCUUGCAUAAUUCAGAAAAGUGGGGAAUCAGGUCAGUCUGUAGUUCUAGGUUUGAAUCUGGACUUUUUUUCUGUAUAUUUGCUAUGUAUACUCAACAAAUGACUUAACUGAGUCUGUAAAGUAGAGAUCCUACUAGCAACAUCAAAGGUUAUUUUCUUUAUUCUUGCCUUUUAUCCUCUCCACCAAUACAUGAUUUUCUCCCUCAAACUUUAAGAAAUGUUUAUAUUAAUCCAUCCUAUUCUUGAUUACAGUAUAAAUUUUAAGGUCAUGAUUAUUUCACUCUGAAAUCUCAGGAUAGAUAGAUAGAUAGAUAGAUAGAUAGAUAGAUAGAUAGAUAGAUAGAUAGAUAGGCAGACAGACAGACAUACAGACAAAUGACAGCCUCACUACUUAAACCAGUCUUGUGUGAAACUCAGAUUGACUUGUUGUAGCCUACUGAGUGCUGGAAUUAUAAGUGUGCAGAACAAUAACCAAUUUAUUCUCAGACUUUUGAAAUGUCCAACACUUAGAAUGUAGUGUCUGUUCUAGAGUGUUAUUCUCUGAUUGAGCAAGGCUGCUUUUUCUUUUUGGAAAAAAAUACCCUGAAUGAUAUUAAACAUGUUCUUAGUUGUUUCUCAAAAAGUCAUUAAGACCAUUUAGCAAAUUUUUAAUCCAUCGUGAUGUAGGUCUAUAGACAAAUGUACGAUAUGGGUGAUAACUUCAUGACUUCUUUACUGUAUAAUAAUUGACAUGGGUCAUUGGGAGAGAAGACCAAACUCUUAUCUUCAGGGUUCAGAAUCCUGAACAUAAUGACUUUAAAAUCCAAAGCUGGACAGAACGUGCCAGAGCUGACUUUGGAUCUUCUGUAACUGUCAGCAUAACCUAAUGACUAAGUGUUCAGUUAAUGUUAGCUGGCUGUGCUUUUUUUAGUGUGCUAUCUCCAACUCUUGGUAUAUUCUAUAACUAUUUACUGAAUGAUUAUUAUAAGCCCAUUCUUUACUAUUUUAACAUACCUUAUUGGGGGGUUCUCUCUGUUGCUCUGGCUUUCCUACAACCUGCUCUGUAGACCAGGCUGGCUUCGAACUCCCAAAGAUCUGCCUGUUUCUGCCUCCUGAGUGCUAGGGUUAAAGGUCUGUGCCACCACCACCAGUCGUUUUUGUUGUUACUGUUUCAGAGGCAGGGUUUCUUUAUGUAGCUCUAGGCAGAUUUUCCAAAUUCUUCUUAGGCAUAAACUAUUCUAUAUAAAAUGAUAUGAAAUAAUACUUGGUCAAAUGGAAUGUGAUCUACAUAAUGUAUAGGGAAUCAGUCUACUCCCACAGCGUUUUGACCUUCCAGGACAUGACUAAAUUAUAACUACAAGCUCUACUGAGUGCUCUGGCAUUUUUUCCUGUUGUAUUGGGAGAGUAUUAAACUUGGAAUCUAGUCUAUGUUGAUUAACUGGUGUCUUCAAUUGGAUAAUUCAAUAAUUUUAAAACUUUUAUUUUCCACAUAGAAUGAGGAUGAAUUAUACUAGAUGAUGUAAGUUUCCUCCAACUCUAAAAGUUUAUGUUUCUAUGAUUAGCUUGCCACUGACGAUAUACAUUUAUAUAGGAAAUGAACCUGAAAUCCUCAGAAGACAGAGCUUAUUUGAUGUCAGCGUAUUAAUGAACUCCAGUGGUCUUGUAGUUGAACAUAGUUCUGGAAGCCUCAUUGAGGAAAAAUCUUUGUUCUUUGACAAUGGAGAUGGAUUUGGAGAUGAAGGAGCUGCAGGAGAAAUGAUUGACAAUCUGUUGCAAGAUGAGAAUACCCUUUUAGAAGACAUAAAUUCAAACAAGGAAACCUCUCAGCCUCCUGAGCUUCCCAGUAGUAUAAUAGUAGAACCAGGUAAUUCAGAUGACCAGUGCCUACCUGAAGAUGAAAAAGUAGAUGAAACAACAUCAUCAAAUGAAGAAGAAGGGCUUACUCUUGACCCAAUUGAUGGUUUAGUAAGAGACAUUGCUGAGAAAAGGAAAAACAAAAAGAGGAGGUUGCUCAUAGAUCCAGUCAAGGAGAUAAGUAGCAAGACUAUGCAUAAGCAGCUUACUUCCUUUGUUGACACCCUCAUGGUUCUGGACCUUGCACCCCCCACACAAAGAUUGAUGAUGUGGAAGAAGAGGGGAGGAGUGGAUACACUUCUAUCAACUGCUACCCAGGAUCUGAUUCAUGAUGAACUGAAAAAGUUGUUUGCAAGAUGCUUCCUGUCCUCUGACUUAAAACUUAUGCAGAAGGAGUCAGUAAGGAAAGAAGUGGGAACCAAAAACAUUUUAGAGUCCUCAGUGAUAGAAGAGCCAAGUUCCCACGGGGAGUUAGAUCAACUCCAGGUUUGGAAUGAUGUGACUGAUGGAUCUACGGGUAGCUUUCAGCAGGAUAUCGCUAUGAAUAUUAACUCUGAGGAUAUCUUUGACAUGACUUCUCCAGCUGCUGAGAGAUUAUCUUCAAUGAAUAUUUCCUUGGCCCAAGAAAAUUGUCCAGUUGAAUUGGAGUCAUCAGUCAGCAAACAAAAUACUGAGGCAGAGAAAUGGAAUCAACGAUUAUUUCAGACAUUAAAUGAAUUACGGGAAUACAACAAGAUGGGGAUGCAAUCUUUUAGUCUGAUAAAGCUAUGCAGAAAUUGUGACCGGAAACAGACAGCUGCCAAAUUUUAUACCUUUCUUAUCCUAAAAAAACAUCGAGUUAUUGAACUGAGCCAGAGUGCUCCCUAUGCAGAUAUUAUCGUUACAGUGGGACCAAUGUUCCAUAAGAUGUGAGAGAGAUCCAGAGCAUGCAGGUGAGUGCCAUCACUGGCACUGCUGCAUAGACUGUUCAGUUUGCUGGAGAAGCUGUCUGGAAGCAGCAGGUGUCUGGCCACUUCACAGACAAGCUGGCCUCCAAUUUUCUAUCUAGGGAAAGAGCAAUUACAGCCAGAAUUGGAAACCUAUGUGGGGACAGUUAAGUCAUUUUUAACUUAACUGAUUUGAAUGUAUGCAUUUAUCAUUGCCCUCAUCUGAGUGUUGCAUUUAGAUUGUGUUUAUGGUACAUGAUAAAAUAUAGUGUACCUCCAGGAAACAUUCAAGAUUGUUUUCUAAAGACUGUUUUACAUUGGAUUAUUAAAGUUUGUGGAGUUAAUGAAUAGUUAAUAUUUUCUUACUUGUAGACAUUAGUUUAUUUGAUCUGCUUUGUAACAUCAUUGAUAGUACCUAAUUCCCUGGAUUUUAAUCUAAUAUCUUAGUUAAAGAAUUAUAAAACUUGUUUUAAAUUACCUGAGUUACUUAAAAUCUGGUUAUGGGCCAUUUAACUUUUUCAUUUAAUAUUUAAUAACUUUUAUGGUCACCAUUAAUGUUCCAGCAAAACCAAAUCUGCUUAUGUUAAAAAAAACAAAACAAAAAACUGGCAGACACUUGUUAAUGUUUUAUCUGCACAUUCAGUCUUAGUAAAGACAACUGCAAAAGAUGCUCUUUUAAUUCGUGUGUAUGGAGCAUUUUAGACAGCAAAAGCAUUUGUUUUCUUAGUUGAUGUUUGACUCAAAAUUUUUCAUAUGCUCUAUGAAGUUCAAAAUACUCUAUAAAAAGUGGCCUAUGGCACUGCAAAUAAUGGUACUGGGUUACAUUGUAAAACAGUUCAAUUCUAAAGAGAUUCUUUGAGUAUAUUUAAGAUACAAAUAACAGAGUUGUCUUAAAUAUUUUUACUUUCAAAUUAAUGCGGAAAUUAAUUGGCUUGAUUUUUGGUGUACAGGCCUAUAAUUUAUAUAUUUAUGUAAGUGUGUGUGUUAUAUAUCUCCAUCACCACAGUCUAGACAUAGUCAGAUCACCUUUAUAAAAAUCCUUUUCAGGGAACUGGAGAGAUGGCUCAGCAGUUAAGAACACUGACUGCUCUUCCAGAGGAUCCAGGUUCAAUUCACAGGUUAUCCCCUUGUGGUAGUCCCUCUAAUUCUAAUAGCUGGCCACCAUUCUCCAUGACUGCACUUUUGUCUCUUUGGAAAUGUUAUAUAAAUGGAACUAUGUAGCGUGUAACCUUCUGAGCGUGGUUUCUUUCACUCAGCGUAGUACCCUUGAUAUUCAUCCAAGUGCUUUCAUGUAUCCGUAUUUUGUUCCUUUUAAAAGCCAAGUAGUAUUCUGUUGCCUAGAUAUAUCAGCUCAUUUAUACUCUAACCCAUUAAAAGACAGUUAUUUCCAAUUUUGAUAAUUUUAGAGCUAUAAGCAUAUAUAGUUUUAUACAAUUAGAAAUGUUUAUUUCUCUGAGUAGCAUUUCUAAGUCAUGUAAAUGCAUAUUUAAAUUUAUAAUAAAUUAUUU